UUGGUCACUGAGAGGAAGCAUGGAAGGAUCCAAGCUAAUCCUCUUAGCUCUGUCCUCCAACCUUCUGCCUUCACUGAUCCUUCAGCCCCACACAGCUCACAGCGCGGCUGCCGCCAUGUACAAAACCUGUAAUGAUCAGUGGGACGAAGAGAGCGAUGACGAGAAGAAUUCCCUCUACUCCUCCUUCUGGUCUGACGGAGAGGCAGGAGACAAGGAGGAGGAGGAGGAGGAGGUGGAGAUUAUGAGAGGGGUUGACUGCAGACCCGUCUGUGAUCCGGAGGGUUCACCUGCAGGAAGUUUAAAGGAGGAACAUCCAGAGUUAAAGCGACACUGUGGUUCUGAUGGAGGGACUCAGGAGGGAGAGGAAGAUGAUGGUAAAUCUCCCAGCAGCAGCUGUGGUAGUCCUCCAGUAAGCCCAGUGACUUCUGGCUAUGGCACCUACAGAGCAGACGAGCAGGAGGUAGCGGAGAACCGGGACGCUCGCUCCACCAUCGGGUUUAACCGAUGCAGCAGAGAAGAUCUGUCCGAGUUCAGAGACGAUGAAGAGGACUCGCCAUCACUCAAAAGCUUCAUCGAGCUUCAGGAGGAACGAACACCUGGUCCAGAUGAGCCUGCAGCCGGUGCAUCAGGGGGCGGUGCAGCUCCUACUGUCGCCACUCGCUGCGAGAGUCACUGCACGCCGAAGGAGGUCAGCGAACUUCACAUGGACCUGCCCACGGGAACGGGGGGACCAUCAGAGGUUCGGCAGCGCCACACUGAUGUAGAUAACAUGCUGCUGCUUCAUGAGGAGCGUUUAAAAGAUGGACUGGAUGAAAGCCAAGGAGGAGAUGAGCAGUUAUUUCCCUCUGAUGAUCCAGACCAGUCCUCAAGCUACAAAGAUGUCAGAUAUAAAGACUGUAGAUGGGAUUUCUGCUCGAGGGCCAAUGACAGGAUGUCAGUGGAGGCCUGGAGGAGGGACGCUGCGAGCUGUCUAGAGGAGCGAAUUGCCGAGCUCGAUCUCUCCCCGUCAGACCAGGAGUCCGAAGCAGAGAGCGAAGAUGUGACCGAUGAGAGCAGCAGCUCCCCGACCUCAGAGGCCGAUGGCUUCACCCUGAGUGCCUUCCAGUCCUACAUCAACGGCAUGGCUCAAACUCAGAGCAAUAGGGAUGGAAGACCCAAACCCAAAUCCUUCAUCCGACCAGUGAGCCUUCAACCAACCAUAAAGAAGACUGAUCCAGUGGCAAAGUAUUUCCAGUACAAGCAGAUGUGGGAAAUGUUCCAACUUUCAGGAGAGAAAGACAGGAAAGCUCUUCGUUGGGAGAUAAAGGACAAACUUGCACACCAGCCUCUACCUCCUAGACCUCGAAGGGUUUACGUGCCGAACACCUACGUCAUACCGACGGAGAAGAAGCGCUCUGAGCUCCGCUGGGUGAUCAGGAACGAUCUGGCAAACGGCCUCCUCCCUCAGAAGUUUUAACCUUCCUAUGGUGUUAGGGUCCCUACAGACGUUUUAGCAUGCACUUCAUACAUUUGUUUUUUUGCGUUAAAACUUUUUGACUUUAUCAGGGACUUCCUUUUAAACAAAUUAAAAUAAAAUUUUUUUACUAAAUUA